CCACUGUGCCUAGCCUCCCUAACUGUUUCUAUCUUGCCUGCCUGUCUAGCUACUGGGGUAACUUUUCUCAGACUUCCUGCCUUAGCAUAGACGUGGACAGCAGUGUCCCCUGCCCACCCCGACACAAACGGCAUAUGGGCUCCCUCCUGAAGGAGCAGGUGAUUGAUCUGAAGGGACCCACCUCCCAACUGUUCCCCUGCCCCUCCCUGUGCCUCAGGGCCCAGCAUUCCUCCCCUCAAGGGCCAAUUCUUAGGAUGCAGCAUGGGUCCUCUUGCAAUGAAGACUGAUGGUGUAUUUCUCUGGGAUUUCACUGAAGGUUACCCCGAGUUACGCACGAUCUUAGGUUUGAAGAAAUAUCUUGGCUCUUUUUGCCUGCUGGUUUUCUGGCUGCCAACGCUGAGCAGCCUCAGAGGUGCCAGAGCUGGGAUUUCAGGCUGGAUAUCAAGUCGAGGCCAGGUGUCCUGCAGCAGGGCAGGAGCUAGAGAAGUGGGGGCUGCCCAGGGAGUUGAAACUGGGGAGCAGAAAGGGUCUGAGUCAUUAGGAUAGCUCUGAGCAGUCUGUGCCAAGAUGUUGCAAUGCAGAUAACUUCCGUUAACCAAGCACAUGGAGGUGAAGCAACCAGUUCUUGGGUCAAGGACGUGCCUCACUGGGUUCGAGUUGUGGGCAAGGGAGGGGCUUUUGGUUUCUUUUUCAAGAUGGUAACUGACACCCCAACCCCACCCCUGACGCCACCCCAGGGGACCUUCUGCCAGAGGUGGCUGUUGCCUCACCCAGGAGGCAGGGAGUUUGCUGGGUUGCUACACUGGCAGGAUCCGGGGCACAGAUGGUUGUACCCCAGUUAGUGGAAAAGCCUGUUUGGAAGGCAGAGGGCACUGUGGAAGGAGCAUUGGACUUGAAGUCAUCCGACCUGGCGUGGCGUUAAAGCAUCUUCACUUCCGCCUGGCUGACCUUGUUAGCCAGUCCCGGGACUCCUGAGAAUACCAAAUGAGAGGCUGGCCCCCCAGAUGCUGAGAGAUUCAUAAAGCAUGAUGCCACUUGGGUAAUACUCUGUGGCUUGCUGCCUUUAGAGUGACGUGCUGGGACACAUCCUCAGACUGAGCGGUCGCGCUGCGGCAGCCUGGCGCCUGGCAAGUGAGGGGAACCUGCCAGGGGAUUACUGUGCGCUAACGGCAAGACAGGCUGGCCCCGGGGGAGCGGGGAUGGGCAGAGCAGCCACCCAGCCUCAGCUAGCAACGCCAGGGAGGCGGCCUGGGCCCUCGUGGGGAGCUCGGUGCACAUUCGGCUGAUGAGACGUGUUGGACGAGGCUCUCCGCUGAGCAGCAGCUGUUCCCAGCACCAGAGGACCCCACCGCAGGGGCAGGAGCUUCGAGACCCGUAUGGGACUGCAGCUGGGGCGGUGGCCCCCAGGAGAAGGGACCAGCACCUCGGAUGGCAAGCAGUAGGGCAGAACCUAACAUAAGGAGGAUCUUGGUCUCUAUCGCAGAGUUUUCCGACACCCCUGGCGCUUCCUGUUUUUCUCUUCUCAGGGUUGGGUUUUGGUUGCCCUCCCCUGGCAGAGGGGCUGGACCGUCCAAGCUGGGGAUGACUCUUGCUGGGAACCGGGCCCCCUGAAGCCCAUGCUCGCUCUGGUGUGAUUGGAGGACGAGGGCUUCCCCGAAGCAGGGGACGAGGGGCUGCCUCAGUAUCUGCCCAUGAGCCACAAGGACCCUAACUGCUCCAGACUGGAUUGUUUCAAGCCACCAAAGAGGGGGCCCCCCAGAGCUGGCAGCCAGAAAUCCCAAGGGACUAGAGGGCUGGGAUGGACUGACCUCCCCCUCGCCAGGGCAGCAGGAGGGGCAGAGCCCCUGUGGCCCAGCUAGUGACGGAGAGACCCGAUGAAGCCCUAAGCAGGGGCCCGAGUGGCUCUGGGACAGGGCAGCCACUCCUGCUGACGUGCUUUCUCCUUACCUUGAAGGAGGGCGUGGGCGAGGGACCCCUGCCGCUGUCCCCUGCCGCGGCACGUGCCCCUAUGCCCUUUGCACGUGGUGCCAGGAUAGGCAGACUGUGCCGUGGCUGGCCCCUCAGCGGGCUGGGAAAGGAGUGGCCGCGGUGACGGCUGCCUGCCCGCCGGCACCAUGAAGUGCUCCCUGCGGGUGUGGUUCCUCUCGGUGGCCUUCCUGCUGGUGUUCAUCAUGUCCCUGCUCUUCACCUACUCGCACCACAGCAUGGCUACCCUGCCCUACCUGGACUCGGGGGCCCUGGGCAGCACCCACCGGGUGAAGCUGGUGCCCGGCUAUGCCGGCCUGCAGCGCCUCAGCAAGGAGGGGCUCUCGGGCAAGAGCUGCGCCUGCCGCCGCUGCAUGGGCGACACGGGCACCUCGGACUGGUUUGACAGCCACUUCGACAGCAACAUCUCCCCCGUCUGGACCCGAGAGAACAUGGAUCUUCCCCCGGAUGUCCAGAGGUGGUGGAUGAUGUUGCAGCCCCAGUUCAAAUCGCACAACACCAACGAGGUGCUGGAGAAGCUGUUCCAGAUCGUGCCGGGGGAGAACCCCUACCGCGUCCGGGACCCCCACCAGUGCCGGCGCUGCGCCGUGGUGGGGAACUCCGGCAACCUGCGGGGCUCUGGCUACGGGCAGGACGUGGACGGACACAACUUCGUCAUGAGGAUGAAUCAGGCGCCAACUGUGGGCUUUGAGCAGGAUGUUGGCAGCCGAACCACCCACCAUUUCAUGUACCCUGAGAGUGCCAAGAACCUGCCCGCCAACGUCAGCUUUGUGCUGGUGCCCUUCAAGGCCCUGGACUUGCUGUGGAUCGCCAGUGCCCUGUCCACGGGGCAGAUCCGAUUCACCUAUGCCCCAGUGAAGUCUUUCCUUCGGGUGGACAAAGAAAAGGUCCAGAUCUACAACCCAGCCUUCUUCAAGUACAUCCACGACAGGUGGACAGAGCACCACGGGCGAUACCCGUCCACUGGGAUGCUGGUGCUCUUCUUUGCCCUGCAUGUGUGUGACGAGGUGAACGUGUACGGGUUCGGGGCCGACAGCCGGGGCAACUGGCACCACUACUGGGAGAAUAACCGGUACGCGGGCGAGUUCCGGAAGACGGGCGUGCACGACGCGGACUUCGAGGCCCACAUCAUCGACAUGCUGGCCAAGGCCAGCAAGAUCGAGGUCUACCGAGGCAACUGAGCCUGGCCGCGCCACGACCCUCCCGGCCCAGGCGCAAAGCUCGGGCGCGCGUGCCCGCCCGGGACUCCAGACCCGCCCAAGGGCGGUGGCCUAGGCGUGUGCGCUGCGCCCCGCCCUGGACGUCACCAGGCAAUCAAGAGCAACUCCAGAGUGCGAUCUGGACCAAUCAUGCUGCAGUCCAGCGAGCGCCUGCUGACUCCGGCCAAUCACGAGACUCUGGGGGCUGUUCCGGGCCUGACAACCAAUGAGCGCUGCAAUCGGGUGAAGCUUGUUUUUCUCAGCCAAUCAUGCGACUCAAGGAGAACUUCCGGGCGCUGGGCCGUCUCCUCCAAUCGAUGGCCUCGGGGGGCGGGCUGGCGACCGGGCAAUCCCCUGUCCCUUGUGCUUUUGGAUAGGAUUUUAUUUCACGCUUAUUGUGGAGCGGAGGAUGCUCCGGGCUUCCACGAAGUACUUCGCUGCCUCGACAGCGGGGAGCGUCCCAGUUGCUGGCUGGCCUGACUUCCGCUGUGCGCUGCGGAGGGACCCGGGAAGGCGCAGGCCGGGAGCGUCGUCCCUCGGGGCCCCGGCGGGGUUUGUGGGGGUCGAGGAGAGGAGCCUGGGGGGUUCCAUGGGGCGCGCCCUUUCUCCAGGAGGAAAGCUAGCAGUCUCCGCGAUCUCUCAAGCGUCCGAGAGCGUUGUAGACUCCACGUUUCCCUAGUCCAUCAGGCCCAGAUGGGUGAGUGCAAACCCACCAAAGAAAUGCAGUCGUGGUGAUGCCCACGGGUCCUUCCUCCUCCCCGCCUCGGCCACCCUAUGGAAUGGCCUCCGACCAGGGCAUUUCGUGUCUCACGGGAAAACUAGGGAAUUGAAUUCCCUCCUUGCUGGGGGUGGAAUUUGCCUAGGGCCCAACCCCUGAACAUAGGUGUAAGAAACAGGGCAGGGGACAAGGAAGCUCUGUCACAUCCAACGUAAGGUGCUUCUCAUUCACGUGUGCCCUCGGCCCCUCUGUUCACUCACAAUCUUUUUAGUGUCUCUCCUUAGGCCCUGGGCCUCCUCACCAGCCUACUUGUUGCUCUGGAAAAAAAUCAGAAAACCUGCCCUGGGAUCGGGGCCCUGCUGCUGCUCGCGCUCUCUCUGUCUCUCACAGGCGCACACGUCUUUGGCUGGCUUUAGGGAGGGAGAGCAACAGUAUGGAAAGAAGACUGGAGGUGGGAAGCCCAGCUGCUCGCUGCAUGCCCCUUCCUCCACUUGUCACCCUAAAGAGUGAUGCUUGCUUAGGGGUGACUUUGCUUUGGGCUCCUAAUUUAGUUAAUGUGAAGCCACCAGGUAUGGCUGACCAACAAAGAUUCUUUUAAAAUUCUGAGCUGGCCGUGCAAGUAGCCAGGAGCCUCGCGGGGGCGGAGUAGACUUGCCGCUGCAUGCCUCCUGCCACCGCGUCCCCCUGUUCAUCUCCGCCUCCUCCCUCCGACCCACCUUCUGUUUCCCGCUUGGGAAGGGCUGGGAAGCUGACCACCAGGGGUUCCAGCUGGAAGCUGUUGGUGCUACUGUACCCAGCUUAGGUCCCCAGAGGGAGCUGAUGGUCGCCUUGCCCUUCAAGGUUGGGGAAGUUUAGGAGGGGGAAAGGGCUUCUGUGAAGCUCCCAAACCACUAAAAGGAUCCCCUUCCCACCAAAGGUCACACAUGCCCCCCCUUUUCUCAGUUGACACCACCAAGCAGCCUCCUGGCCUUUGGUAUGGUUCCUGCAGCUGGCUGGGGGAACAGUGACCAGCAGGGGAGUUUGUUAGGGGAGGGUUGGGAUGGGCAGUGGGCACCCAGAAGAAUUAAUAUAUUGAGAGCUUAGAGUUUGACUCUGUUCCUUCCCAAUUCCAAACCGAGGAGGAGUAAAGAACGGGAAGGACGGGGGAUUUAGUAGACUGCCUCUCAGGGCUCCCCGCUCCGUCCUAGAGUGUCAAGGCACCAGCCAUUCUUGCCAGUCUCAUUUCAGUGCUUCCUGAAGAGGCUGUUUUGAAGAUGAAAAACAAUGCAAUUAUGCCAAACAGUAUUGAGCAGAAUAAUUUAUUUCUUUGUUUUUGUUUUGUUUAAACCAUUAAUUCCCAUUCUGGAAGAGGUAGGUCCCAGCAUCCAGCCCAGAUCUCCUUUUCUGCAAUAGUUAAAAGUUUUUUAUUUCCUUCCCUUUCUCUCUUUCUGAAUUAAAAAGAACAACAAAACUA